GAUCAGGCGCUUGGAGACCCAAUCCAUGGAUCCUCGCCCUAAGCUUUUUGGUUUGACAAUCCACUUUAGGCACGUCCCCCUUCAUCACCUCCCAGCUCAUCCAACAUAAUGCCCACCCAGCCGCUCGACACGAAGGUCGUCCUCGACCGCGACCCCUGGCUCGAGCCCUUUGUCGGCGCCAUCACCCACCGCUUCGACGUCUUUAGAAAGUGGAAGGAUACCAUAGAAGAGGUCGAGGGCGGCUAUGACGCGUUUUCAAAGGGAUACCUCGAGAUGGGGUUCAACGUCGACGCGGACGGCACUGUCGUCUACAGGGAGUGGGCGCCGAAUGCCAGAGAGGCCGUCCUGACUGGCGACUUCAACGAUUGGAACAGGAUAUCGCACCCUAUGACCAAGAACGAAUUCGGUAUAUGGGAGAUCAGACUCCCUCCCACCGCUCCGGGCGUCUGUGCCAUCCCUCACGACUCCAAACUAAAAAUUUCCAUGAUCACCAACUCGGGUGAGCGGAUCGAACGCCUGCCGGCUUGGAUCAAGCGCGUCACCCAGGAUCUGUCCGUCUCCCCCGUCUACGAUGCGCGCUUUUGGAACCCCCCGGAGGAGCAGAAGUACAAAUUCAAACACCCUAGACCUCCCCAGCCGCGCGCGACGCGUAUCUACGAGGCGCACGUCGGCAUCUCCACGUCCGAGGGCAGAGUAGGGACGUACAAAGAAUUCACCGCGAAUAUCUUACCCAGGAUCCGCGACUUGGGAUACAAUACUAUUCAGCUGAUGGCUAUCAUGGAACAUGCUUACUAUGCUUCCUUCGGCUACCAGGUGACCAAUUUCUUCGCGGCGAGUUCUCGCUACGGCACCCCGGAGGAACUCAAAGAGCUCAUCGAUACUGCGCACUCCAUGGGUCUCACAGUCCUCCUCGACGUCGUCCACUCGCAUGCAUGCAAGAACGUCCUGGACGGCCUGAACAUGUUCGACGGCUCCGACCACCUGUACUUCCACGAGGGCGCAAAGGGCCGCCACGAGCUGUGGGACUCGCGGCUGUUCAACUACGGCAGCCAUGAGGUCCUAAGGUUCUUGCUCAGCAAUCUGAGGUUCUAUAUGGAGGAGUAUAUGUUUGACGGAUUCCGGUUCGAUGGUGUUACCAGUAUGAUGUACACUCACCAUGGCAUUGGGACCGGAUUCAGUGGCGGGUACCACGAGUAUUUCGGUCCUGGCGUCGAUAUUGAAGGCGUCGUGUACCUGAUGCUGGCAAACGACGCUAUGCACCAGCUGUAUCCGAACAUCAUCACCAUCGCAGAAGACGUCUCCGGCAUGCCGCUGCUCUGCGUGCCCGCAAAAUCUGGCGGCGUCGGGUUCGACUAUCGCCUGUCGAUGGCUAUCCCCGACAUGUGGAUCAAGCUGCUCAAGCACAAGGCUGACGAUGAGUGGGAGAUGGGCAAUAUCGUGCACACGCUGACGAACAGGCGCCAUGGCGAGAAGAGCAUCGCGUAUGCGGAGAGCCACGAUCAGGCCCUAGUGGGCGACAAGACGCUCGCGUUUUGGCUUAUGGACAAGGAGAUGUAUACGAAUAUGUCAGAUUUGACAGAGUUGACGCCCGUUAUUGCCAGGGGUAUUGCUUUGCACAAGAUGAUCAGGCUGCUCGUUCACUCGCUUGGUGGAGAGGGAUACUUGAACUUCGAAGGCAACGAGUUCGGUCAUCCGGAGUGGCUCGACUUCCCUCGUGAAGGGAACGGCAACUCCUUCCAUUAUGCAAGGAGACAAUGGAAUGUCGUCGACGAUCCGCUCCUCCGGUACAAGUAUCUAAACGCGUUCGACGCUGCGAUGAAUCACACAGAAGAGAAGUACGGCUGGCUGUCCGCACCUCAGGCAUACGUCUCGCUGAAGCACGAAGUCGACAAGGUGAUCGUGUUCGAGCGCGCGGGCCUCGUCUUCGUGUUUAACUUCCACCCGACGAACUCGUUCUCGGAUUACCGGAUCGGUGUCGAGGAGCCGGGCGAGUACCGCAUCGUGCUGACGAGCGAUGAGAAGCGCUUCGGAGGGUUCGAUAACAUCGACGUGAAUAGCAAGUAUUUCACGACGCCGAUGGAGUGGAACAAUCGGAAGAAUUGGACGCAGGUAUACAUCCCGUCCAGAACGUGCUUGGUUCUUGCGAAGAACUGAAGAGAAACGAGAAUUUGCUGGGAACAUAUAGAUGAGAAGGAUGCGAAGCUGGACAAUGUAUCAAUAACAGUAGAGCUUUGGAAAUGAAUUGUCGAUGAAUCGUACUGGUCAGAGAAUCAA